AUGGAAGCCCUGGUUGCGUAUUUUGCAGCUCAGCACUUGCAACGGGAGAAGAGGUACAGAGACCCUUUGGAUCCACUUCACAUUGAUGACACAGAAUUGCUUCAAAAAUAUAGAUUUCCUCGCAACCAGAUCAUCAGUCUGUGUGAAGAACUAGAGCCACACAUUGGAAGGCCAACCUCAAGAAGCCAUGCCAUCCCCACACAUACACAGGUCUUGGUGACGUUGAGAUUUCUGGCAAGUGGGACCUUUCAAAAUGUGACUGGUGAUGUAACUGGUAUGAGCCAAGCAAGUGUAAGUCGCAUCAUCAGUAAAGUUACAGAUGUUCUAUAUAACAAAGCAAGGACAGAAAUAAAAAUGCCACAAAAUCUACAGGAAAUUCACCAGACUGCACAAGCUUCCCAUAGGAUUAGUGGCUUUCCAAGUCAUUGGUGCAAUAGAUGGAACACAUAA